UAAAAAUGGAUAGUUUUAUGCUUAGUUAUUUUUUAGAAAAAAACAUUGGCAGGUUUGUAGAAAAAUUUAGAGAUUCAUGUCACUAAUACUACAUCUAUUCCAAAUUGUAGUUUGUUUGACUUUUUUACUCUAAGUUUGACCAAUCGUUUUAUUAAAAAAAAUGUGCAAAUAUUAUCAAAUUUAAGUCAUUCUUGAAGUUUUUUAUUGAUAAAACAACCCACAACAAAAGAAGUAAUAUUUUGCAUAAAUUUUUGAUUAAGACGAGUGGUCAAAAUUGAGAUAAAAAGUCGAACGACCUAUAAUUUGAAACGGAUGGAGUAGUUGAUUUGAUUGAAGUUUUUUUCAUUGCUUUUAUUUUUUUCUAAUGUUGGUGAUCAUAAAUCGGUUUUAUCCCAUAAGCACUUCACAGCUAAGGAUUUUACAACCUUACUUUUAACUUCUUUGUUAAGUUUACAUCCCAAACGACAGCGUCACAUAAUAAUGUGUGCUCAUGGAUACGACUGUAUCAUCUAUGUCACUCGAGUGCCUAUAACCGUGGUGAUCACGGUGGACUUUAUCACCACCAGCACAGGCUGCUGCUGCCACCCAUCGAGCCAUUUUCAGCCACGUGAGGCUGACUCCAGCAGGCCAUGCAAAGCCCCAUGCAAAUGCAAAAUGCCUCGCGAAUCUUCACUGUAGCGCCUUGGUCCGGUCUCCAACAGGUCAUCCAUUCGGUAGAGGCAUCUUGCAUGCGAGGAGAGAGAGAGAGUGGAAAAUGGCGAGCCCCGACGGGAGAGCCAUCACGUUGGCAAACAACAGUCAUUCUCGUCGUGCGAAGGUGGUAAAGCAAGGUCGAAGCCGCAGUUUCGGGGGGCUCGUGCGCAGGUCGACGCGAAGGGCAGCGGCGGCGGCGGCAGCUUGCGCGGCGUCUCCGGCGACAAGGAUGGAUCCAAGAUUCCCUCAAUUCUGCACUCAAGGGCAAGGGUCUCAACAACAUUCUGAUUGUCAAGAUUGGCAAUUUCAGGGUACCUACCAGGAUGCUGUUCAGUUGGACAUAGAUGAGGACUUUGUCACACCAAUUUCCAAUACCGGGGCUGAGAUUGAACAUUUGUUCCCAAGCUCGGGUGAUAGUAGAGCUCAACAGGAAAUACCUGCUCACCAAGAAGAGACUGAGGUUGAAGAAAUAACACAAUCCCAGGUACAAAAUGCAAGGGAGAAGAGAAAGGGGGUCAUCAGCAGAGGAAAAUCAUUUUCAACUGAAGAAGACAAGAUUCUUUGCUUUGGAACCUCGAUUUCUAUUGUAUGUUGAACAUGGUUUAAAUGAUGAUAAACUUAGAUGCUGAUACACAA